AUGAAUCGUGAGUGUUUAUUGAUCCCGUUCAAAGAUGGUAGAGUUUUAUGGUUGAUUUUACUGGUAUUUGUUUCAUUUUUAACGGUUCAACAUUUUGAUGUUUCUUCAUAUGGAUUUGGUAUUUUUCGAUUCUUUUCUGCUGCCAAGACUAGUUCUUUACAGAUUAGUAGUCCGAAUUAUGCAUCUGGGCUGUCUAAUUUUUCCACAAAAUUGGAAAAAACCUGUUCAUACACUGUAAAUUGUUCUGAAUCUGACCAACAUGGAGGUACAAAGAAUGGCUUGAAGACAGAGAGGGGAGGAGAUUUUGAGCCAGUCAAUGAAGUUGCAAAUAUCUCUACUUCUGAUAACAUUCAAAACUUCACUAAAAGUGCCUCUGGUUUUGAAGAAACUGGAAAGAUCAAUAUCAGCAGCACUCUUACAAAUGUAGACAGUGGAAAUGAAACCCUUUCUCCACCACUUGGGUCCAACUUAACUGCAGAGGAGAACAGAAGAAAUGUGGUGUCUGGCCAAAACCAGAGUCAUUUUUGCUCAUCCAGUGGAGAUUUCUCUCAAUGGACAACAAACGGAUCAGUUGUAUCAGUCAGGGAUCUUUAUGACAUGCUAUUGAGGCGUACUUCAUGCAUUCGAAAUUCGACGGUAGAUUUCCUAAGUGGUCAGUCUUUGUAG